AUGUCUACAAUUAUGUUUUGCAAAAAAUUGUUCAAAAGUUUUAAAAAAAAUAGCUCGCUCAUCGUCUUCUUCGUAACGUUACUCUAUUUUUUUUACACGUACGUGUCCUUGUUUUUGUUUGUGUUCAACAAUGCCUUGUUCUACCUGUUUGAAAAUAAUAACGCACGUGGAAAUCUCAAAAUUAAACUAGAGCAGCUGUUCUCAAAUAGCAAUAACAAAGAUAAUUACUUUAACUUUUUCAGCGGCCUAUAUAUAUUUUACACGCUCUACAUUAGCUAUUACCUCUACAUCAACUUAGAAGAAAAUGUCGAAUUCAGUGAUGAGCAGUUGCUUUUUUACUACUACUUGAAGCUAUUCAUGAUAAAAAUAAACGAACUGAAGGUGUACAUUCAUCAGGAAAAUAUUAUAUACCCGGAAAUCCUCACAGAAAUAAAAAUCCACAAGGAUUUUAACGAAGCAGUACACGAGUUCAUACUUAGUAGAAAUCCCACGUAUGAGAAAUUUUGCGCACCCACAACAGAAAGGGGAAAGGAUUCGAGUUUUCAGAGAGCAAGAUGGAGGUUCAACAUUUGGAAGCGCAUAUUUAGCUGGAAUGGUGUGCAAGACUGCAAGGAAGCGGAGGAAUAUGCAAAUUUGUUGCCCGGAAAGGGGAAGGAAAAUAAUUCCAAAGGCGAUAAUGGCAAUCGUGACGCUUUAGCCCUCGGGAGGAAUCCCCUCCAGGGGGAACAAAAACCAAGGAACUGCUUGGAGGGAAAAAAAGGGGACAGCAUUUAUGAUAACUCGAAAGAAGGAGACAAUUCUGGGAAGGACAUCCCCCCCAAGUAUAUCGACAUAAAUAUCUUGAGUUUAUUUUACCAUGAAAAUUACGAAAAAUCAAUAACGCAUGUUAACUAUAGAGACUUUUUUAUGAUCAUAAACGGUGACGAUUUCCUGCGACUACUAGACGAUCUGACACACUUUUUAAACAAGCUAGGUGAGCUUUUCAAAGUGAAUACACAAAGAGAAAGCAUGGACUUGAGAAAUAUCACCAAGUAUAUUAAUAACUAUAUGAAAAAACACAUAGCAGGAACAAUGGAUCUGUUCAAGUACGAACUCAUUUUUAAAUACUACGGGAAACAGGAAUACUUGCUAGUGAACGGUGCCAAAAUAGAUUGCAUGUUCAUACCAUGUAAGAGGUUCCUAAAUGAUAAAAUACAGUCAUAUAUCGAUUUGAAAAAGCGGGAUGAGGAAAAGGGGGCAAAAAAGGAACAUCCAACGAAUGCACCUAUCAAUGGCCACGUCUAUUUAAACGCCUUCAAUAACGAUUUUUACAAUUACAUAUAUCAAGACGAUUAUUUGUGUGACAUACCCGUUGUGCUUUACUUCAACCCCAAUGCUGCAUACUACGAACUAAAUGCUUGCUAUUCUGGGUCGCUGAAAUUUUACUUAGAAAAUAAUGUGAACGUUUUCGUGUACAACUAUCGAGGGUACAGCAAGUCUAGUGGUUAUCCAAAUUUGAAUAGAAACAAUUUAGACGCUUUAAAAAUUGCAGAGUAUCUUUUGUCCAGGAAGGUCAAACAUUUAGGGCUACAUGGAACAUCCAUUGGAGGUCCCCUAUGCUCCUACGUAUCCUACCAUCUCUGCAAUUUUAACCAAAAAGAGUAUAACAUGGAAUAUAUGGACAAACUGUACAAAAAUGAAAUUCGCAUCAAAAUUACCUGCAAGCAGAUAAACAAAACGGUGAAGUUGAUGAGUAGGAGGAAGGACAAAAUUUUAAAUAUCCUCCUUAUCCCAAUUAAGUAUAUCAUCUUGCUGCUCCAGUUCAUUGUGCUGUGCAAGUUGAAAAUGUCCAAUGUGAGGAUUAGGAGGAAGAUCAACCAGAGCAUGGGUGCUGGCCGCGCUAGCAGCAGGAGCGGCAAUAGCGGCAGGAGCGGCAGGAGCGGCACUACCAGCAGGAGCGGCACUACCAGCAGGAGCGGCACUACCAGCAAUAGGGACAAUCGCGACGAGGGCGCUGGCACCACGCGCACCGACCACCCGAGGAUAUCCUUCGUGUGCAUCGAUAAGUCCUUCUACAAUUUCGAGGAAGUGGCCAAAUACAUGGUGGGCGAGUACGCCUACAACAUUUUGCAGUUCACGUCAUACAAAUUAGACAUUACGAAAUAUUACCUCAAUUCAAAUGUCCCUAAAAUUUUGAUUUACGACAACAACGACGAGAUAAUUCACUACAUGUCCAGUGUCCUUACGGGGGUGUCCAAGGAAAUUUCGAAAUUGUACAAAAGUGGGGACGGCAAGGCGGGAGGCAACGUGGAAGGCAGCCUGGAAAGCAGCAUGGGAGGCAGCCUGGAAAGCAGCAUGGGAGGCAGCCUGGAAAGCAGCAUGGGAGGCAGCAUGGAAAGAAGCAUGGAAGGCAGAAUGGAACGCAGCAUGGAAAGCAGCAUCGAAAGCAGCCAAAAUUUGCUUCCAUUGGUGGGGGGAAGUUGUGAUGAAGGCGCAUAUAUGCCGCAGAGACGGAUGUAUUCCGAUUUGUACGCGAAGAAAAGGGCCCACCCCGAGCUCCCACUUCCUCAGAGGCAGCAGCUCCUGAAUGGAAGUAUUCUCGGCAGCCCGAAUGAGAAGAAGCCCCCCUUUGUUGCCCAGCUAAUCAUAGACGAAAGUGUAGACAAAUGCUGGUUCGAAAAUAAAGUGAAAAAUAUCGACAUAGGCCUAUUUUUGCAGAGCUGGAAGGUGAUAAACGAUUGCAUUUUGUUUCUAAAUAAAUCUUCCACAACGAACAACUCGUUCAUUUCGAUAGGACUCGAAACGUAUAAGUCUAUCAUGUCCUUAUACAAUUCGAAGGAAAAUAAUUUGGAGAAGCAAACGCACAAUGCUAUCUAUUGCAUAUAUAAUGACAACAUGAGUUUUAUGGAUACAUUUAAGAAGGUGAACCCUAAUUACGACGAUUUCGAGAUGCCAGAAAGUACGGGUAAGGAUAGCCAUGUGAAGAAGCCAAAUGUGUAUGAUACGCUCCGCGAAAAUGAAGACUUCAAAUUCGAAAUGGAAAAGCUGAACAAAAUGUUGAAAGAUUUAUACAUGUCAAAGAGGAAGGAAGUGGAAAAGGUGCACUUCACGUAUAGCGGAUUUUUCCUCAAAAAUGAUUACCUAUAUAAUUAUAUAAAUACGAAGAAUAAGAACAAGGAGGAACCUGCUUUUAACAUAGAAGAGGUGGACAUCAAAACCAAUUUAGUGAUUCUUUAAAUGAAGGUGUAUGGUUCCUACCCUUCUCAAUGUUUUAUUUCGUCUAAUGAGGAACAAUAUUGUAAUUCCAUCAAUCAGCUUCCGUUUAUUUUAUCUGAGUGUUGCGACCAAGGGGGAUUGGAUCCUCACGGAAAGGUCAGAAACUACCCCUACGAUUUGAACCAUACCCGAGAUGAUGAAUUGCCUUUCGAUGGGGAGUACCCUGAGAGCGACUCGGAGGGUGUAUAUUUCAUGCAUAGCGACUCGGAAAAAAGGACGACCAAAAUUAAAGGGGAGCAAAGCAAAGACAUUUUUCACUUCAAUCACAGUUUUGCAGCGGACUACAACUGUAGUAUGCUUUCCCCUUACGUGGUGGUAAAGAGGUCCAUGUUUUUGCACGACUUGGUUGUAUGCUUGAAUUGGUUUAAGAGGGGUGCUGCGGUUGGUUCUCCUUCUUCCGGUUGCGCCUCGUCUACCCCCGCAGGCGUUUUUUACCAACUGAACGAAGAUACCUACUUAGUGAACCCCACACAGCUGCUCCUAGCCCUGAAGGCAAAAAACCAGAAAGGGCAAAAUAGUCAGAAAAAUAACGCCACGCGUCUAAACAGUGGUAACUUUCUGGACUUAUUUUCUAACGAUAUUGGAGUGGACAUAAACAAUGCGGAUUUUUCGAAAGAGCUAGAAAAGUACGUAAGCUGGAUGCGCCUGAACAACAGAAUGAGCUUAUGCAAAAUUUUGCUUUCCCUAAAAAGUGAAUUACGCAAAAUGAAAAGCUACUCGGAAAGCUUAAUUGAUGAAUAUAGCACAAUCAACCAAGGCACGAAUAUUCACUUUAUCAUUUUCCUAAUAUAUCGCAUACUAAUUUUUAAGAAGCUUCUUACUCACACUUAUAUAAUUUACACAUUUUGGGAACGUCUGAGCACAUCCUUGGAUGUAAAUUUGAAUGAUGGUGAGGAGGUUGCAAGAGAUGUUGACCUUCUAACUUUGGAACCCAUAUCUCAUUUUGACGUUUUCUACAAGGGUGCCUAUAAGGUGUAUUCCCCCAAAAUUUUGGGAUGCCCCCUGCUGGUGAACUGCGGACAUAACGGCACGCUAACGAAGGAGGAUCUAGGCUUUUUCAGCACCUGCUUGAAUUUCUACCUCAAGGAGUAUACAUGA